AUGUCAUGCGCACGGCGGCCGCUGGCGAGCAUCGGAAGUGCAGGCGCACUAGACAGACCACCGAUCGCAGCCUCACAGCCUAUAGCUCGCGUCUCCCCAUUCUCCACUGGAGUCCACUGGCCGGUGCUCUCUCAGGCCCAGGGGCCGCCCGCAGGCGCGCCUAGGCGCGCACGCUACGUACUUUUACUCACUGUAACGACUCAGCUGCCCAACUUCUGCCACCUAUCGCGACGGGCGACGGCUAGGACAACUGCAGUAUCGGUGCUCUCACGCUACGCCACCCGUCGGCGCUUCCUGACCCGCCUGAGACUUGACGCUCGAAAGCCUGAUGGUGGACCACCAUGGGGCGCGAGCCUGCUUGAGCUGAAGCACGGACGCCUGAAACUCGUUCGCGAAUUUGAAUAUUCGAGUUUCUCAUGCUUUUUUUUUUCAUUCUGCGUUCCAUCUCGUUCCAUGCGCGCGCGCAGCUGGUGGACUGUCGGGCCUUGCGCGCUCGCCGGCCCAAUGCGGGCUUCCGCUCGCACGACGGGCCCUGCUUUCGUCGCUGGGCGGCAACUCGCCCCUGCCCUCGCCGGGCCUGCCCAGCUGAGCAGUCCGCAGACCCCCCUGGGCCGCCCCAGCCCCCUAGACGCGUUCCCCGCGUCUCCGGACCCGCACAUGCACACGCACACGCACACGCACACGCACAUGCGCGUCCGGUCGCCUAUUUUUGAGGUCCAACGCACGUCGCACGCUCGUUCGCACCUGCGGCGGCGUGCGCAGGGCAACGCGGCUCUCACGAUGGCGAGGGCGCUAGUUGCUAGCUAUAAGCUGAUACGAAACUGCGCCGCGCGCUGCGGCUGCGGCCCCCCGGAGUUCCCCCGAGCGGCUCCGGAGCUAUUCGCAGGCAGCUGCUCCCAGUGCCUGCGGCACUCACGCAGCGCGCCAUCGGGCGCAGGCGCACAGUGCACACACACACGCGCGCGCGCACGCGCACUCACGCUGCGCGCCUGCGCAGGCCUGCGCCUGGCAUGCGGACCGGCGCCGCGCGCCGCGUUCCGCGUGCAUUCUGAGGCCGGAGGAACGCGCCGGGAGGUCCGUCGAGCAAGGAACUGUCGAGGACCGCGCGUCGGUUCGGUCGCGGGGCGGUUCGCACGUGCGUCGCCCGAACGCUCUGGGCGGCAGAGCAGGGGCAGGCAGGGAAUCCAGAAUGUCGACGAUUGCGCAGAUGUCUUCUUGUUCCUCCCCGAUCAGGCCCGGCCAGGCGACGCGCCGUAG